AUGCCGGCGAGGAGAACGACGACGACGACGCUCGAGAAGACAAAGAAGAACAUGAAUACUACAAAUACUACUAAUCAUACCGACGUGAUAAACGACGAAGAAAAGACUACUCAAACGAAAAAAGGAGAGAAGAAGAAGCAAAAAAGUCAACAAAAACAACGAAAAUGUCUUUCUCGAGAGGAAAAAAAAAAUGUUCAAAAGCGAUCUUCUUCUUCUUCUUUCUCGAGGUCUUCUUUGUUGUAUUCCAAAGAUCCUCUGAAAACUCUGCAGACGAGCGAAGAGGAUAAAGAAGAGUUUGUCAAUUUUCUUGUCAAGGAAGAAGAAGAAGAAGAAGACAACGACACGAUUUCUCUCCAAGUUUCCAUGCAGUUCGUCCGGGACGCGGUGAGAGAAUAUCCAGGAGUGAAACUGAACAAGGAGUUGUUGGAAGAUACGGAAGCGGCGCUGGCGUUUUUCGGAGGCGGCGACCGAGGCGGCGGGUUUUUUAUCGAAGAAGAAGAAGAAGAAGAUGAUGACGAUACUGGAAACGAAAAUGAGCUCAAGCAACCUCGUCGUCGUCUUCAAAACUUUCUGAAGCUGGAAGACUUUGAGGAGAUGAUCGAUGAGACAACUGGAGCGAGAACGGUGUUGUUGACGAUACCGUCGUCGAAAGAAGAAGACGCGGCGGGGACGAAAAGGACCGUUUUGUUGAACACGUUGAAAAUAUCGGAACAGAAUCGAGAGAUUGGCGAACGCGAGGAGAGAGCGCGAAGAGAAGAUUUGUUGGAGGAGAAAAAAAAGUUGGUGAGCCAAGCAAACACGACGGCGGCGGCGAAAGGGAAGACGACUUCGAGUGGUGGCGUUGGGAAGAAGAAGGCUGGGACGAAGAGCAGCGCGGCGGCGAUAAAGAAGAAGAAGGACGACGACGAAGGAGAGAUGAAAAUCGGCGGAGAAGACAAAGACGAGGAUAAACAAGAAGAAAAGGAUGAAAUCUCCCCCGACGGCGACGACAUUCUCUCUGGAAGCUGCGCGGCAACGAGACGCUUCAACUCUGGCAAGUUUCAGUUGGACCAAUCCAAGAAGAUUCACGGCGCCAUCGCAGACGAUAAGGUGUUCAAAUUUUUGAGAGAGUUCAAGAAGGAAGUGUACGAAACGUAUCGGUUGCGCUCGUUGGUCGAGAAGAUGGAUUUUUCUAGCGACGACGAUAUGAAUCAGAAAAGUGACGAUCGCGAAAACGUGCUCGAGUGCAUUCGAAUCUGGAUUAACAUGCGCGGGAUGGUCGUCUCCGCGCGACUGGCGUUGAUCGAGCGAGAGAAAUUCUUGAAAGACUGCGAAGCGAUGACAAAAUUUGCUUCAGACUAUCGUAAAGACACAAAAGCGGUGUCAAAAGCACCCGUACCGACGGAAAAAGCGACGACUGUUGUUGCUCCUUCGAAGAUGAAAGCAACGGACGCGACGACGACGACGAUUUUGAAAGAGAUUCCAACGUACAGCAUCGCGAACCGCUCGCUAUCGUCGUGGUCGAUUCUUCUCAAUGAAGACGACGAAGCGCUUCUCGACGAUGAAUACGUCGAGAAAAACGAUAUCGACGACGAUAUCGACGACGACGACAACCAGCACGUGCUCACGAUUGAAGACCAACUUGAGAGCGAGAUCAAGACGUACGAGCAAGAGCAAACGUUUAACCAGAUGAUCAUCAAAGGGCAUCUUGCGCACGUGACGCCGGCCGGGGAGGAGUUUCGCGACGCGACCGCAAAACUUGAAAAAGCGCUCGAAAAAGUUCUCCGUUCUCCGUCGCUGAGUACGAAGACCUCGCACGACCGCGACCGGUUACUCGCGUCCACGAAAUGGUCCGCGGAUCAAACCAUGGUCUUUGACGAUCUCAUUUUACUGUGCGACAACGCGUAUUUUCCAUCGAAUGAAAAGGCGUGUAAAGCCGCGGACGAUAUCAAUCGCCACGUGUUGUAUCGCGCCGUAUCGGUUUUGAAGAAAGCGUUCGAGAUACUCUCGGAUUUCGUCGACAAAGAUCUCGUCGUCGGCGGCUUCAAAAAGUCAGCGGCGCGACUCUUCUCGUCCGCGCUCGAACAGACGUAUAGGCGUCAAUUUUCAAACAUGUUGAACAACAUCCUCGAUCCGUACGAUACGUUAAUCGAUUACGGAGCCGAGACGAAACUAUUAAUGUUUGUGCGCAUGCGCGUGACGAAUGCGAUGGAAAUCGAUAGCGCUUUGAGAGAAAGAGCGCAUCAAACGGUAAUAUCUGCGUGCUUGGAACAAAUGUUGAGCGGGAAAUUUGACCAGUUUUCGAGGCAAAAGACGGAAAAGUUCAUCGAAGAGCUCUUGUUCGAAGAAGAAACGGAAGAAGAGGAGAAGAAGAAGAAGAAAGCCGCGAAAUCGUCCUCCUCGUCGUCGAAAAAGAAGAAGAAGAAAAGCAACAAGGCGGGCAAAGAUACGCCGGCGCCGGUCUCCGAGAAGAAGGAAGAAGUCUCGGAUAAAGAAGACGACGACGAGAAAGAAGAAGAAGGAGAAGAAGGAAAAGAAGAAGAACAAGGAAGAGAAGAGGUUACUCUUACUCCUACUCUCGUUGUUCCAGUCGCUUUGCAAGAGUCCGAAGAAUUCAUGGAAGAAGAAAACCUCGAGGCUUGGCAAGAGGUGAAAAAAGUGCGCGGCGCCAAGACUUCCCCUUCUUCUGUCAUCGUCGCUCCGAAAGAUCUCGUUUUAUCGAAAGUCAAGAUUUCGCCUGUGAAGAAGAUACCUGCGGCAAAGCAGCAGCAACAGCAGAGGAGCGAAUUAUCUUCAUCGCCUCCGUUGCCAAAGUCGCCACCGCCGAAAGAAGUCGUCACCGCCGCGGUCGAGAAGAAGAGAGAGGUGACGAGACGAGCGCUGUUUGUCGAUACUCUCAAGAAGAACGAAACAGCACCGGCUCCCACUGUUGUAGUCGAAGAAGAGACGAAAGAGGAAAAACAAGAAGAAGCUCGAGAAGAAGAAGAAGAAGAAGAGCAGCAGCAGCAGAAAGUUGCGGACGACAAAGAAGAAAGCAACGAUACGUACGUCGUGCGAAGCGUUUCGGACAUUGAACAGUCUUUCUGCGCCGCGUCAAAUCCUCCACCAGAUCAACAACAGCACUACCAUCAUCAUCAUCAACACUACCAACCACCACUUCCGCAAAUGCCACCACCACAGAUGGUUGACGGUCAAAGAGUCAUUUUUGUGCCGAUGAUUAUUCCCGAUAGUGGGAGUAUGCCGCAUCCGAUGCCGUUUGGAAUGCACCAUCAUCAUUCGAUGGCGCCUCCGCUUCCUCCGCCGAUGCCUCGGCUUCCGGAUACCUCCGAAGCGGUUGUUUCGAUGUACAACAAGUUCUACCAUGACGUCAUGAUGCAGCAGCAGUAUCCACCACCACCACCAACGCAAAGAUCGUCGUCGGCGAACAUUGGAGCAGCAACGAACGAAGCGGUGAGCGAUACGGCGAGUACCGCGUCAGACGACCACCCGUGCGCAGCCGCGGUGAAGUCUUCUUCCUCUUCUCCUUCUUCUUCUACUUCACCGCCACUUCCUAAAACGCCACCACCAAAAGGUCAGCAACAGAUGAUUCAGCAUCAUAAAUCGGCCUCUUCUUCGCCUUCUAUAUCGCCAAGUGCAUCUUCGUCUUCAAUUCGCAUUCCUUCGCCUCGUCCUAUCGAUCUGGCGAGAAUUUCAUCUGCGGCGUUUCCAAAGCCGCGACGAUCAUCGAGAGAGUAUAGGAGAGACAAUCAUCAGCAUAAUCACGGAAACGAUUCCAACGAUGAUCGUAAUAGUAAUUCGAAAAGAGAAGAAGAGUUUCCAGCGCUUUCUAAGGAUAAGAACGGCGGAAAAGCGUCAAAUGUCAUGUCGCUCGCGAAAUCGAACAAGUCGUGGGCGGAAGCGCAGAUGGAGUUGAAGGGCACGAGUUUACCUUCGUUGACGUCGUCGCCGAUGAAGCCACCGUCGCUACCGCAGCAACACCAUCAAAUGCAACGUCAGGUCGCGUGA